CCAAUCCUUUGUGGUUUGUCAGUAACUCGGUAUAUAUAUGUCGCUCCAUAUUUGUUAGUCCUCAAUCGUAAUUCGUCCGUCAGUCGUCUUAGUUUACAGGGGAUUUACAAGGGACAGAAUGCUGAAGUUUCUAUCGAAGGUGAAGAUCGAGUUCAAUGCGCUGGACCCACGAACUGCGGCGUGCAUGGAGUUCCUGGCGCAGUGCAAUGCACGAAAGGCCAAGGAGUCGAACCCAGCCUGUCAGUUGCUGGUGAAGCGACGGACAGACGACCAUCCACCUCAGAUCACUGUGACUUUCGUCAAUGGUGUUGAGGAGGUUUUUGAUGCUACCUCCACCGCAGCGCAGAGCAUAAGGACGAUGAUUCUGGAGAAGGGGCAACUCCUCGAGACUGAGCAAAUGUUUCGUGAGGCUGGUGAGGCCUGGCCUGUCAUCAUCCCCGAAGAGGAGCUCCGCCAGCACGCUCCUGGAACCAAGCCAAGGAAGGCAGAAGAGAAAAAACAAUGACUUCACCUCGCUAGUGAUUGAUUUUCUACUGGCUUCAUCAUCAAUACACAUCUGAUCAGCCACUCUACUAGAGGUUUUCAUCCUGGUAAAUGAAAUAACAUAAGGUGGUGAUGGUUAUAUGCAUUAUUUGUUCAUCCCCAUGUUGCAUCCUGACAUUGACCAUUCAGCAGAUAUGGAUUGGUUCAUAGUUUUUUAACAUGUUACAGAUGUGUACCUUAUAUUAAUGCAACUGGUAUCGUGGCUGAACUGAUGAAAUUCGAUAUGAUUAUAUUUAGGGUUAUUUGGA